UUGAAAGCUGACUUGAAAAGAGUCAGUCACAAAUAUUCAACCAACUGUUGCAGCCGUGAUUAAAUUUAUUUCUAAUAUCAUUUGCCUUUCGCUAUGGAUCUGAAUCAAAGCACUUAUUUACUGGUGACGGGUGCUUCUCGUGGCAUUGGCCAGGAGAUGGCUCACCAGCUUGCGGGCCAAGUUAAGGAGGCGGGCUCGGUGCUGGUGCUGCUGGGACGCAGUGAGCCGCAGCUGGAGCAGACCAAAGCUGUCAUUUUGGCAGAUCGUCCCAAGCUGACAGUGCACACAUACUCACUGGAACUGGCCACAUCCAAGUCCGAAGACUUUGCCCGCAUUCUGGAUGAAACUCUCUCCGGGAUAGACAGUAAUGAGUUUGAGCGGGCCAUUGUUGUCCACAAUGCUGGCACUUUGGGCGACACCUCCAAGCAUGCCCAUGAAUUGGGCGAUAUCGAGAUUCUGGAACAGUAUUAUCAUGUUAAUCUGUUCUCGGCGCUGGCACUUAAUCGUGAGUUCAUGCGUGUGUUUGCCAAUCAGAGGAAAUUGGUGGUGAAUCUCAGCACAUUGGCCGCUCUGGAGCCAUUCUCAUCGAUGGCCUACUAUUGCACGGUUAAGGCGGCCAGAGAGAUGUACUUUCGCGUCCUGGCACUGGAGGAGUCGUCGGAGAAAACGCUUGUGAUUAAUUAUGCACCUGGUGUCAUUGACACACAGAUGACGCUUCAGGUGCAGAGUGAAUCCCAUGAUCCUGCAUUGGCGGCUGCAUUCCGGGAACAACGCGAAUCGAAGUCUAUGCUUACACCACAACAGACGGUGCUUAAGUUCAUACAAGUUUUACAGGCUCAAAAAUUCAAUUCAGGCGAUCAUGUGGACUACAGAGAUUAGGUUAAUAUGGACAUUUCCACAGAAAGGUGUACAAUUUUCAUCCGCAAACAGUUUUAGGUUACUUACUAUAAUUAAACAAUUAACAGAUAUAUUGGCCAAUUAGAAUGAGAAUAUUGAAUGCAUAUUUAAAUAAAUUGGGUUUUUCUAUACUUUUGCCCGUUUUCUUCACAAUUGACUUUCAAAAUGGAGAGUAUGUAUUAUAUCCAUUGUCGGACAAAAUCUCUCUUCCAGUCACAAA